AACCAAAAAAACAAAAGACUUCUUGCUGUUCAGCCCAGCAAUCUGUUUUUAUCGGUAGAGUAUAUUUGAACGGUGUUAGUAGUGGCAAAAUUAAAAACCUUUUAUCAGAUAUUUUCCAAAUGGAAAAUUGUCAUAUACUAAAGUGCAAGAGCGAAACUUACGGGCAUAUACAUUUCAAGACCGAGAAUGAUGCUGGAUUAUUUUUUCAACGUGUUCAAGGACAAACCUUUGAAUUCGAAUAUAAUGAUGAUCCUGGCGAAAUUAAAACAAUUUCAAUUAAAUUUUUUCCGUCAAAAGAAUACGGAAGGAAUAACCAUACUAUUUAUAAGAUUCAGAAUAAUGAACCACGAACUGACAUCUCAACCGGGAGCACCACCAGUACCAUAACCGCCAGCACCGGAAACAUUGAAAGCACUACCAAUACCAGAAACAUCGAAAGUACCACCAACACCUGGAACAACGAUAACAGAACCACCAGACCGGGCAUUGGGAACAGCAACUCUGGCAUCUCAGCAGACAUCUCAUCAACCGGAAUCUUAACCGGCAUCUCAACCAAUGAUGAUUUAAGGUUUAAAGGCGUUGAUUACUUUUUAAGAGAUUUUUUUAACAUUGGAGAAGACGAAAUAUUGAAAUUUAAAAACAUUCCUGGUUAUUAUUUUCUCCAACUCAACGAGGAAAGGCUUACAAAAAAGCCGUUUAAACUGGAUUAUGUUUUAGCAAAAAAUAUCGCUGAAUUAAUCGAAGGAUUAAAUCACAUUCUUUUGGCCGAGAAAAAGCUUAGUAUAAUUAAUAUGCCUUUUGAAUCAGUCGUAAAAUUUGCCAAUGAAGUGGAGCAAGAGAAA